AUGAAGGUAGCUGGUGUUUUCCUGCUCUUCUCCCUGGCACUCUGCUUCUACCAAGGAAAUGCCGAGAUGGAUGCAGCUGCUGUCAGAGGAACAGAGCCAUCUUGUGACAAUUUCAACCUGAGAAGAGGGUGUACAAGGGAGUUUGAGCCCAUCUGUGGCACGGAUGACGUCCUGUACAGCAACGAGUGCCUGUUGUGCCUCCACAACCUGCAAAGAAGCAGCCACGUGCGCAUCAAGAACAGAGGAAUGUGCCGAACUCCCCGCGUCAACUCCCCUGUCAACUGA